AUGAUGAGACCCUUCAUUCUAAGAAUCGUGGCAACUUCAUUGAGCUUAUUGAUCGUUUCUCUUACUACAAUGACGAAGUCAAAAGUACCGUGCUAG